CACACACACACACACCGCGCGCUGCACCUCAGGCUCACACGCUCCGUUCAGACCCACACAUGCGCGAGCUCCCGGUGAAGCGCGAGCACCGUGUGUGUGUGUGUGUGUGUGUGUGUGUGAGAGAGAGACAUCACUCCUAACGGCGGUGUGUGACGGGUCUCUGUGGAGGAACAGCGCGAGCGCGAGCACCUGAUGAUCCUGAUGAGCGCGCGGGAGAAAUGCAGCACCUGAAACCCGGAGGAGCAACAGCGCGCGCGGAGAGAGAGAGAGAGAGAGAGAGAGAGAGAGAGAGAGAGAGAGAGAGAUGGAUUCUACCCUGCUUUGACCUCGCUGUCUCACAUCACCUGGACAUGACCUGCACUCAGGACUCUAAUUAACAGCGAGGCUCCUGGAGCUCAGGAGGAGAAUCAGUGUGAGCCGGGUUAGAGAUGGAGCGGUUCCUGGCGGAAAGUUCUGAAGCUCCGCCCCUGAUUAACUACACCCACUCCAACUCGUCCAAUCAGGGAGCGGGGUUUGGUAUCGCUGUGGCAACGGAGCGGCUAGCGGUAGCAUCUCUGUUGGGUUUGCUGACGUUAUCAACGGCUGUGAUGAACGCUGCGGUCAUCACCGCCAUCUUGACCACCAGGAAGCUCCGCCUCCCCGCUAACUACCUCAUCUGCUCGCUGGCUGUCACCGACUUCCUGGUCGCGGUGCUGGUGAUGCCGCUGAGCAUCCUGUACAUCGCCAUGGCAACAUGGAACCUGGGUCGUGUGGUGUGUGAGGUGUGGCUGAGUGUGGACAUGACCUGCUGCACCUGCUCCAUCCUGCACCUGUGUGUCAUUGCGCUCGACCGCUAUUGGGCCAUCACCAAGGCGGUGGAGUACACGCGCAAGAGGACGCCGCGUCGUGCUGUUACCAUGGUCACCGCUGUCUGGGUGGCCUCCGUGUUCAUCUCAGCCCCUCCCCUUUUCUGGCGUCGGCGACAUGACGAUGUUCACGAGUGUGCAAUCGAGCACGACCAGCUGGGCUACAGCAUCUACUCCACCUUCGGAGCCUUCUACAUCCCCAUGACUCUGAUUCUCAUCCUGUAUUAUCGCAUUUAUGGCGCAGCGAAGUCUCUCUACCAGAAACGCGGCUCCUCGCGCCACUUCAGCGACUCGCUGAACCACUUCCGGGUCGACCUGGCGACCUCCGGCCCCGGCGUGGAGCUGGAGAAGCUAAACAGCCCUGACGAGAGGAACCAGAUGUGCAGCUCACGCGAGAGGAAGGCGGCACGGGUCCUCGGCCUCAUCCUCGGCGCCUUCAUCAUCUGCUGGCUGCCGUUCUUCAUUAAAGAGCUCCUGAUGGCGCUGAAGGUCCUGCAGCCUUCUCCACACGUGUCCGAUUUCCUCACGUGGCUCGGGUACAUGAACUCGCUAAUCAACCCGCUGCUCUACACCAGCUUCAACGAGGACUUCAAGCAGGCGUUUAAGAGGCUGCUGAAGCGCAAGGAGCACACAUAGAGCCAUGGAGACCUUCACCCUGUGUUCCAAUCCUGCUUCUGAAGCACACUUAUUGACUUCCCCUUGAUUGAAGCACGUCGGCCAUUUUAAGGGAUGAUGCAUUGCUUGUGAAGUGAAGUGUGUCAGAGGAGGAUUAAGUCGACUUCUCAGUGCACUUCUCGAGCACAAAUACAUUUUCUCCCUGGCUACGUCCCAAAAAAGUUAAAUAUUUAUACCUGACUAUGCUAAACAUGGUGUUUACACACUAUACAGUGCACCACUACAGAGAUACUAUUUAGCAGGCUAACUGUUACUUAGCUAGCUAGCUAAGCAUACAGUGUCCACACUGGAACCCUAGUUGUGGCCACGUCCCAAACCAGCUGCUAUAUAGUAUGCUAAUACUAGUUAGCACUAUUAAUACACGCCUCCAUCGGCUACGGUAGUUAGCAGACCACUUCGUUAUCGUGCUGUAGCUGUGAAGAGACUUGAGGAGUGUUAUUGUUUAUUCUAAAUCGCUUUCCUUCUUCUCUUUAUCACUAUAGACUUCAGGAGAAGUUACCCAGAAUGCAUUGCUGCAGUCUGACACAUUUUUUUGUUUUUUGUUUUCAAAAUGGUGUAAAGAGGAGAAAUAAAGUACUUUGAA